AUGAUGAUUGUUGCAAAAGCUAAGCAAAGGCGUGUCCAAGUCCGCUUCGUCACCAAACCCAAGCCUCCUUUCAAGGCUCCACCCACUUCUAUUGCUAUUCCUUCUAAUCUCACCAGAUUGGGCCUCUCUGCUGUGGUCAAUAAUCUCCUUAAAGCAGGAAAUGAUGAUUGGAAAACUGAACCAUUUGAUUUUGUGAUCGAUGGGGAGUUGGUUCAGAUGUCACUUGAAGAGUUUCUUCUUGCCAAGGGCAUUUCUGCGAUAAUCUUCUUUAUUGGAACAUGA